AUGUCUGAAAAAAUAGAAAGCCAAGUAGCACUAAAGGAUGAUACUGAGAGUAGUGUUCAAGCCAAUUCAUUCACAGAAGAUUGUUCAGUCAAAAAUAAAAUAUCGAAAAACAAGAAAUGGUUUAUAUUGCUGAUUGUAGCAUUACAAGGGUUUCUAGGUCCAUUGACCAGUUCAAUUUACGUACCAGCCAUUGAUCAAGUAAGACAGUCAUUUAAUGCAUCCAACACAUCCAUCAAUGCUACUAUAUCACUGUAUGUUUUUAUUAUGGGACUAGCUCCUUUACUUUGGGCAUCUCUUUCAGAAAGACAUGGACGCCGAACUGUUUAUUUAUUAGCAACUAUUUUGUAUGUAGGUUCAACGAUAGGAUGUGCCCUUUCGAAUUCUGUAGGUCUUUUUAUUGCUUUACGAGCAAUACAAGCAGUAGGAGCCAGUGCAGCACAGGCGGUGGGUGCAGGAACCAUUACUGAUCUAUUUGAUGUGCACGAACGAGGCAAUGCUAUGGGUCUCUUUCUUUUAGGUCCGCUAGUUGGCCCAGUUGUCGGCCCUAUUGCUGGAGGAUUUAUCAAUGAAUACAUGAACUGGCAAUUUAUCUUUUGGUUCUUGUCUGCUAUGGGAGGAUUGAUUUUCAUUUUUAUUUUGUUCUUUUUACCAGAGACAUCUGUUCUUAUUCUCAAAAGACGAGCCCUAGCUAAGCAAGUAAAAGAGACGGGUACGACAGUUGUACAAGGUACGCUCCAGAAACAAAAUGAUGGUAAAGAAACUUUCUUGGAAAGCAUGGCUAGACCCUUCAAGUUUAUUACAAAACCCCUUGUUAUUAUUGCCACAACACCUUACUCGAUGGCUUACGGCUUCAUGUAUUUUGUCAUUGCUAGUCUUCCCCAUCAACUUUCUAUUCAUUAUCAAUUCUCAAGUUAUCAAAUUGGUUUAUCCUAUUUGGCCAACGGGAUAGGAAAUGCAUUAGGUGCUUUUAUUUCGGGAAAGCUGUCAGAUCGUCAACUCAACAAGUAUAGCCAGAUAAAUGAAAAAAGGACGCAUUUGGAGGCUCGAUUACCCCCUAUGUGGAUUGGUAUUGUACUGCUUCCUGUUGGAGAACUAGUCUAUGGCUGGUGUAUUCAACUCAAUGUGCAUGUCAUGGCUAGUUUGACUGGCUUAUUUUUAUUGGGACUAGGUGUGGGUUUUGUCCAGACGCCUUGCAAUACCUAUAUUGUGGAUUCUUAUCAGCAACAUUCAGCCUCUGUCAUGAGUGUGGCUAAUCUGAUGCGAUGCAUCUCGGCGGGAUGUACUCCUCUAAUUGCUCCUACUUUAAUUGAUCAAAUUGGAAAUGGAUGGUCUAUGACUAUCCUUGCUAUUCUUAGUCUAUUGAGUGGUAUUUGUAUUUUUUUAGUCCAAAAAUAUGGUGAAAGAUGGCGACAACCAAUGUAA